AAAUGUUAUUUGGAACGGUGCAGUGCUGCAAUAUUAGAUAGUUUUUUGUGCGUUUUACGUGUUAGGAUGUCCGACUUGAGUGAUGAUGAACCAUUUGAGGAUUCGGGAUUCGAAUAUUUACCUAGUAGUCCUGAUAGGGAUAGCGAAAGCGACGACAGUUUAACGAGUAUUUUAGAAGGCGAAGAUCAUGUAGCUACAAUCUUGGGAAAUUUUACUGUUGUAGCAGAUCCGUUUUCGGAUAAAAGAGUUACAACAACAGUGCCUUUUUCUGGUGAUUAUGAAGGCAAUCGAACUAGAGAACAUGAAAGAUCCUGUAAAUUAUUUGGACGAAUGAACGUGCAGGAAGGUACCUCAUGGAGAUUGGUACCCAAAAAGUCUACGGUAUCAUUUGGAAUGAUGUCACAGUUCCGGAGAUGUAUAUUUUUCUUUCGUUGAAUUUAUAUAUGGGUCUAGUACGAUAUCCGAGUAUACGGGACUAUUGGAACAAAACCUUUUUGUUUUCUGGUCCAAAUAUAUUUGAUUCACAAAUAAUGAGUAGAAACAGGUGUUUCGUUAUUCUAAAGUUUUUAAGAUUUAGCUAUCCUCAAACUGUAGCAAUAGACGAGUGUUUGGUAUUAUACAAAGGGCGACUAAAUUUUAAACAAUUUCUCAAAUCAAAACGAGCACGCUUUAUUUUUGCCAUAUAUUUUGGAAAGGACAUAUAUAAUGUUGAGGAUGUUCACGGAUCAGAACAUCUGUAACUGUCUGAAAGAAUCGUGGUUUAUUUGUUCAAGCAACUGUUAGAUCAAGGUCGACAAAUAAUUGGUACAUGUCUCUGAGACUAGCAGAGUUUUUGCUUGCAAAAAAAACUUACGUAACUGGUACCAUACGGAUCAAUCGGGGAGUUCCUAAAGAACUAACCGAAAUAAGUCUCAAAAAAUUCCAAACUUGUUUUGUACGAAAAAAAUGAUGUUUUGAUUAUUAGAUAUAGAGACAAAAGAGUUGUUUUCCUGUUGUCUACCAAGCUCACAGCAGGAUUUGCUGAAAAAUCGGUACCAGGCAUUAGUGUCUACUAAUCUACUACUCCAAAAACCAUCUGCCAUUGAACAUUAUAAUACCAAUAUGGGAGGGGUACAUGCACUGGACUGUACAUGGAACCGUAUAACUGCGCCAGAAAAAAUUACAGCUGGCUUAAUAAGAUUGGCUUACAUAAUGUAUAGCGUAUGAUUUUGCCAAAUGCCAAGGUGUUAUAUAUACAUGCUAACGGCAAGGAUAUGUGUGGCAUUUGCCAUAACGCACCAAUUUAUCUAUGUUCAGAGGCACAUUUUGAUGAAUACCAUGGCUACAAUCAAGUUUAAUAGACUCCAUGUUUGGUUUUGCACGCCACUGUGUUUUUGUUUGCAAUUUUUUCCCUAGCGUUCAGAAAAAUCUAUUUAGUGUUCAAAUUACUCACAUGCUGGUACCCUUUAUCUAUCAUUUAUUUUUUAUAUACAAGAUAUGUCAAAAGAAUUGUUUGAUUUUCAAUGUCAACAUCAUUCCAUUCAGAAGAAUAUACCUAGGAUCAAAAGAAUAUAAUAUCAUAUUUUAUAUUCACCUUCUACGCCACUGCGUGUUUUGUAUGAUUUAUUUUUCUGUUCAGUAGGAAAAAAUAUGUGCUUUUUUAUUUCGAUUGCAUAUCAUUUAUAAAAAUAUACUAUUUUUUUACAUAG